UAGGUCGUAACUAAGGAGGUUGAAAGACUUUGAUGGUUUUUCUCGAUAGUUUUUUAUUGUUACUUGGAAAUGGCUGCUAAAGCGACCACUAUAAAAGAGGCAAUCAAACGGUGGGAAGACAAGACAGGUCAACAAGCCGCCACCGCCACUGAAGUUAGUUUGAUUUUCCAAUGGCCACCGAUAGAAAAAAUGGAUAACUCUCUGUCUUGCCUAACCAAUUGCGAAAAGUUGAGCCUCUCAACGAACUUGAUUGAGAAAGUUUCUGGGUUAAAUAGCUUGAAAAAGCUUCGUGUCCUUUCUUUAGGAAGGAACUACAUAAAAUCAUUUGCCGGUAUGGAGUGUAUAGGGGACACACUAGAAGAACUUUGGGUCUCUUACAACUUAAUAGAGAAAUUAAAAGGAAUUAAUGUAUUGAGAAACCUGAGGGUUCUGUACAUGAGUAACAACUUGGUGAAAGAGUGGAGCGAAUUUAACAAACUGCAGGAACUUCCUCUACUAGAAGACUUGCUUUUCGUUGGUAAUCCUCUGUACGACGGGUGCGAACUCGAGGCGUGGCGUGCCGAGGCCGCCAGAAGGCUGCCCAACUUGAAAAAACUGGACGGGGAGACAGUUCUCAGAGAAGACGAACCGCCUUUGACUGUUGCCGAUAUGCAGCCUGACGGAGGGGAUGCCGUAGAAACGCUAGUUAGCGCAGAAACGAACGAUUAACUGCCUCAUAGUCAUUGAUCAUAAUUAUGACAACAUUCUUACUACAAGACACAGAAUACAAUGAAUCUUAUUUAUUCACGAUGUUUUUACCAAUAAUAGACGCACUCGAUACUGGGCAAGGCUCUUUGCCGUUGAAAAACAUACAUAAUUGGAGUACAGCUGGUGUGCUCUUUAGUUCGUUUUUUUUUGCAUUAGAAAGAACUUGCAAGAAGAUAAGCGAUCUUGACAUGUCUUUUAAUUGAAAAACGCUUUUUAAAAAUCAAAAACUAUUACUUAUGAAAGCAGAAGAAUAUAAAUGAUCGUAUUAGAUUCAUAAUUGUUACAUAUUUGCCGUAACUUAUUUUUAAAAUGUGUUUUUCAAUGAAAAGAUACAUCAAGAUUGUUUAUCUUAUUUCUAAUGCUAAAAAAAACAAAUAGUGAGUACAAUAAAUGAGUUUUUUCAAUGGUUUUUUCCCAAUAGUUGACGGUCUUCGAAACUGGAUGAUGAGCUUAUCAGUAUAGUUAGUUUUUUUAG